GACAACUGGCAACUCGGAAAGAAACGAGCUCCGACUGGGAAAAAUCGUUUUGAACGGUCAUCCAACUCGGAAUUCCAACUCGGGAACUCCGGCCUCUUUCUAAAGCUCCGGGUUUCCGUCCUAAAGAUAACUGACGUCAUGAUUUCACCUCGUAUUCUUCCGAGUUCCCAGUUGUCUUGAAAGCACCAUUAAACGGGGCGUCCCUCUGACGUAAUGGUACAAUAAAAUUGAUUGUAUAAAUGUGUUCCCAAGAUCUCAAUAACAUUGGAACUGCAGAGCAACUUCAGAGGCAAGAAAUGAAUAAUGUCCCCCCACAUGGAGCUCAGCCUUAUGAGAACAGCCUCUACAACUCAGAGUCUCUGAGCCUGGACCUUACCUCCAGGUUAGCCAUGGAUAUGAGUAGCCAUCGGGACCAGCUCUCUGCCACCUCCCUGCCUAGCAUCAACUCCCUGGUGGGCACUUACGCUGGUGCGUUUGAUGCCUACUCCUGUCAGAUUGCCACAGCUCCUACCACCGCUAGCACCACCUCGGGCCCUGAGUCGCCCUUCAAGCUGGAUGACUUCCAGAUUUACGGCUGCUACCCUGGCACCUUGGCCCUGAGCUACUUCGACGAAGCCCUGUCUUCUGGUGGCUCUGACUUUUUCGGCAGCCCUGUGUCAGCCCAGUCUCCCUCUACUCAAGGCUUCCAGACCCAGCCUGCGUCAGCUUGGGACUCGGCCUUCGGUCCCAACUCUCCCAGCCCGGGCUGCUGGGUGGCUGAUAAGCCUGCUUUAACACAGCCAUCCUCUUUCUUUACCUUCUGUCCCGGGUCAGUGGAUGAUCUGUCUCCUCUGGGCCAGCCCCAGCCCCAGCUCACUGAGCAAGACCCCUUCUCUCUGGGCCAGCAGCAGCACCCCUCCCCACUGUCCUUCUCCUCUCUAACCCAGGAGCCAGGCACCCUAGAUGGCACAGGCCUCAUUGAAGGGAGAAUGUCGCCGAAACCGCACAGCCCUACUGGAAACGAGGGUCGCUGUGCUGUUUGUUGGGACAACGCCUCCUGCCAGCACUAUGGGGUUCGCACCUGUGAGGGCUGCAAAGGUUUUUUCAAGCGUACGGUACAGAAAAAAUCUAAAUACGUGUGCCUUGCCAACAAGGAUUGUCCAGUUGACAAGCGGCGACGGAACCGCUGUCAAUUCUGUCGUUUCCAGAAGUGCCUGGCAGUAGGCAUGGUGAAAGAAGUUGUGAGAACAGAUAGCUUAAAAGGUCGAAGAGGUCGUCUGCCCUCCAAGCCAAAAGCAGUCCAGGACCUAUCGUCUGCUGUGCCUCGAGUCGACAUCAUUGCCUCUCUUGUGAGAGAACACAUUGAAUCAAACCCUGGUGUUGGGAAACUGGACUACUCCAAGUACCAGGAGACUGUGGCCAGUCUGUCAGAGAAAGAGGACGCUUGUGACAUCAAACAGUUCUACGACCUCCUCACGGAGUCCAUGGACGUGAUAAGAAAGUGGGCUGAGAGCAUCCCUGGGUUCACCGCCUUCUGCUCCGAGGACCAGGAGCUGCUACUGGAGUCAGCCUUCGUGGAACUGUUCAUCUUGCGACUAGCAUACAGGUCCAACCCUGAGACGGACAAGCUGAUCUUCUGCAAUGGCAUGGUGCUUCACCGUAUGCAGUGUGUACGGGGCUUCGGUGACUGGAUAGACUCCAUCAUGGACUUCUCCCAGAGCCUCCACCGCAUGAACCUGGACGUGUCGUCCUUCUCCUGCCUCACAACUCUGGUCAUAAUCACUGACCGCCAUGGCCUGAAGGAUCCAAAGCGGGUGGAGGAGUUCCAGAACCAGCUCAUCACCUGUCUCAGAGAUCACGUCUCCAGCUGCGCCCCCGACUCCACUGGGCCCAACUACCUGUCCCGCCUUCUGGGAAAACUGCCCGAGCUACGGACUCUCUGCACCCAAGGUCUGCAACGCAUCUUCUAUCUCAAGCUUGAGGACUUGGUCCCACCACCCCCCAUAGUUGACAGAAUGAUCAUGGACAUUUUGCCUUUAUGAGAGCGAGAAAAGACAAUACCGAUUGUGCACUUGUGCUGCUAAAGGGACGAUAAAGGGACAUCAAACGAUCAAGCGAUCUCAGUGUUGACUAAGGACAAAUUAAGGAAACUAUGCUCCCAAAGAUUUCUCAUGAAAGUACUGAAUUAUACUGUAAGUCUUAAAAAAAUGUUAAGCUAUUCAAGCACUAUCAUACUUGAGGAAAAAUGGACCUCUCUCAUUUAUUAGCAAUGGCUGUAGUAUGGUGCUGAAAGUUCGUUAUCAUUUAAACAGUUUUCCUUGUUUUAGUGCAGUAUUUCAGAUUUAGAGUGUGCCGUCAAUGAUCAACAACCAAAAUGGUUGACAGUGGUCAACUGUGGGAGAUGAGGUGGACAUGGUUUAUUUACACACAGCUUCAGUAGUGGAAUGGAGAGGGAAUAGCUCCAGAAUUGCUUUUUUAUACAUAUAUAAUUAUAUUUUGAUGUCAAUUUAGAAAACAAACAAACAGACCAUGGACCAAAAGCAGACUGUUAACAACUUAAAUACCACCAUGCUGUGCUAUAAUUGAGAGUCUAUACAGUAGAUUCAGAUCAACAUAAAGGCACUUUCAUUACAUUUACACAGGCCCAAUGACUGCAUCAUCUUACUAUAACAUCAACGUUUGUACAUUAUGCCUUAGCUAUGGUCUUUUUAAGAUUCAGGUUCAAGAUUGUGCUUGUAUUAUAAUGGUGUUAUAGAAUAUCCACAAUUAAUUGACUGCAGCAUUGUGACUGAAACAUGUUACAAUCAUAAGGAAAUUUGAGAAGGUUCCCUGACCUACCAAUUGCGGAUAGUGUUGAUUAUCAUGAAGAUUAUGUUAUAUUUGUCAGUGAUGUGUAAAUAUCACUGAAAUAUGGCAGCUAUGAUUGAACAGAUAUUAUACAUAGCUUAUUGUGUCCAUUGUGACUAUUUCUGUGUAAUACAUGACUAUGAAUGUCUUUAAAUUAGCAUGGGUUACUUAAAGCCACAAUCUGCAAGAUGGGCAUACCACCUAAGAGCUAAGAGUGCAGUCCAUUACAUUUCCAGAUGCAAAUAGCACUUAAAUUCUUUGACUAUAGUACUCAAGGUAUGAUAAACAUGAUUUAAAGCUAUUGUACAUCA